AACUCGGGGACAGCCGAUAGAAGUGAAUAUACUCAAAUAGAUGCAGGUGUAGAAUUUUGGAAUAUUUCGAAUACGAAUCGAACGUAUACAAAGUGAGAAAUGUACUAGUUUUCGCAGCGGGACUGUCAUAAAGUUACGUCGUCUAGUUGACGCAAAAUAUUAAGGCACCGCUAUAUUAGCGUUUUGAAUUUCGCGCCACUCGUCCUUCCGAACGCUAGCAUCCAAAGCGCAUGCGCGAAAUCAUCGCAGCUGAUGAGAUAUAGCGACCAUACUGACGAGUAUAGUACUGAGCUAACCGGAAACAGCCAUCAAUAGGACAAAUUCACAUAUAUAGAUAUACGAGGAACAGCAUUUAUGAAAACAUUGCUGGUAAGCUGAUGGCAUGCACGUGUACAUACAGCGUCUAAUUGCGAAAAACGAGAAGACAACUCGUUUAUUGAAUUUAUGUGUUUUUUCGCGAGUGUUCUUGAGCCCCUGUUGAGCGAAUCAACACCCAGGUGACCAAAGUACGAUAAUUUCAACCUAUUUUGAGGUUAUCUUCAGUUGUACGCGAGCGAGGACUGCUCCAGCUUUCAAGACGUUCUCAAUUUAUAAACCAACUUUAGAUCGUAAGCGGCUUUGGUAUAUACGUAAUUAAGGUAAUUUACAGUCGACAAAAUGCCCAAGGGAAAAACUAAGAAGUUCAUCGACAAAAAGAAUUCUGUAACUUUUCAACUUGUGCAUCGAUCCCAGAGAGAUCCUCUGGCUGCAGAUGAAAAUGCACCGCAAAGAGUACUCAUUCCAACUGGAAGUAAACAAGCGCAUCAACACAGUAAUACGAAUUCCUUAAGCAGUGAUAAACGCAAAGAAGAGCAGCAGAAAUAUGGAGUCUUUUUUGACGAUGAAUACGACUAUCUUCAACAUUUAAAAGAUGUGAAUACACUGACAGCAGAAUGGGAAAGAGUUGAGCCUACGAAUAAAGUAGAUACGAAAAAACCUUCUGAUAAAAAGAAUGAAAUCCAGUUGCCUUCAUCGGUGUUUGAGUCCAAUGUGGAGGAAAAAGUUGGACUUUUAAAUAGAGCUGCAACUUCAGGGUUGCAGUUAGAUCUUGAUCCAGAUGUCGUUGCUGCUAUGGAUGACGAUUUUGACUUUGAUGAUCCAGACAAUGAAUUAGAAGAUGAUUUCAUUCAGUUAGCUAAUGCUGAAGGAGGUGAGGAUGGCUCUUCUGAAUAUAGUGGGGAAAUGAGCGAUGCCUUCGAAAGUGACGAAGAUGCAGAUGGUUCAAUUUGCAGUGACCAAACAUUUGGACAUGAAGAAACAAAAUCACGUUUCACAGAAUACUCUAUGAGUAGUAAUAUUAUGAAGAGAAAUCAAGGGCUCACUCUUUUGGAUGAUAAAUUUGAACAAAUGUACGCAGAUUACGAUGAAAACGAAAUUGGACCCUUAGAUUGUGUAGAUAUUGAAGGUUUUGUAGAGCCAAACUCCGAUGUACUUUUACAGUGUGCUCAAGAACACGAGAAUAAACAAAAGCUGGAAACCGAAUCAAUAUCUGAAUUAGUAAAGAAGCAUAUGCAUUUAGAGGAUGAGUCCGAAGAUUACAACAAGUAUUUAGAAAAGCUAUCUGUAGAUGUUCGGGAAAGGAAUAAAUGGGAUUGUGAAAGUGUUCUAAGCACGUACAGUAAUAUUUACAACCACCCAAAGCUGAUAAAGGAAUCCAAUGUGCAAAAAAUCAAAGUUGAUGAGAAGACUGGCAUACCGAAAGAUUUCUCUGGAGGACGUGAUAAAAAUCAACUGACUGUUAGGAAUCUUUCUCAGUUUGAAAAUGAAAAUGAACUUUCAAACAAAAAUAAUUCACACGCAACGAAAUCUGUUGUUAGUGAAUUAACAAUAAGAUCCAAGAAUGAAACUCCAGAGGAGAGGAAAGAGAGAAAGAAGAAUUUCAAAGAGUACAGAAGAGAAAGGAGAAAAGAACGCAAGAUCAACAUAGAGGCAUUUAAGCAGGAGAAGAAGCGGCAAGAGAACAUCCUGAAUAACGAGAGGAAAACUGUUAAAGCAAACCGUAUUUUGUAAGUUAGUAUUGGAUAGUUUAAUAUAAGUUAUUAAUUUUUCUCGAAUUUAUAAAAGACAAUUUUUUGUAUAUAUCUUGUUUAGAAAAAUAAAUACAUACUUGUAAAAAUAGC